AUGACAGAUAGUUUCGCAGGCGACGACGAGGUUCAAGUUCCAGAGACAUCUUCCCCAACCAGCAGGAUUCUUUCAUCGUCACCAUUGAAAUCAUCCGGGCAAGAAACUGCAAAAGAUCAAACUGCAAGUUUGCGUGAUAAAUUCAUGUAUAAACCAAAUUUACAAAUGUCUAACGAUACUGCAAAGAGUACGGUAUCUCCGGUAGAACAUUUAGCUACUUUACAGAAGGAAUUUCCUGAUUUCUCAUCGACUUUAAUUCAAGCUGUAUUUAAAUCAAAUGCAUCUGAUAUUGGUAACGCUAGAGCACGUCUCAAUAGGAUCCAAGAACAAAGAUCAUCAUGGGCGAAGUCGCCGAGUACCACGGUUAAAGCCAAGGCAUCAUCGACCGCUAGAUUGAACUCUAUAUCUUCUUCCAAGUCUAAACAAUCUGUUUCUACCAAGAUUAAUGUAAAUAAACCAAAGAGUUCCAUUUUUGAUAGAUACUCCACUUCAAUGAAAAGAGCAUAUAAGAAACGUGAAGAAGAAGAUGGGGAUUAUGAAGAUUAUGAUGAAGAUGAUGAUAUAGCAGGUGUGCAUCGUGGUAAGAAUGGGAUGCUUUAUGAUCCUUCCUUAUUAUCAAAGAUUAAAAACAGCAAAAGUUUAAAGAUGGUAUCAUCAUCUGAACGUCACAAUAAACAAGCUGAUGGUAAAAAGAAGAGAAAAUUGGUCAGAGGUAGUGAAUUAGAUAAUGCAAGGAGUAAAAUGCUUGACAACAAGGUGAAAAAAUUGAUGAAGGAUGACAGCGAAGGAGAUGACCUUGAUGAUCUUGGUUCUGACGUAGACGAAGAUCAAUCUGGUAGUGAUGUCGAGUACGAGGAUAAGAGUUCUACAGCAAUCGACAUCGAUGAUCAGACUUUAGAGUUUUUAAACACUUCGGAUCCAUCAGAUCUUGCGGAUCUUGCGGAUACAACAUUUGAGAAGGCUAAAGUCAUCGUAUCCAAGAGACCCUUUUCCAAUUUGGAUCAUUUCGUAUUACAAGAAUUUUUAACUGAGGAAGAAAUCGCAAAGACUAAAGAUAGCAAAGAAAAGACUAAAGGUAAACGUGGAUAUCGUGGUAAUCAAAAGAAGGAGACCGAGAGAUUUCUUGAUAAGAUUAAACAAUCGAUUAGAGGUUAUAAUGCUAUUGAUUCGUUAUUGAAAACAUGUGCAUCAUACGGGACAUCUAUCGAAAAACAAAUGAAGACAUGGGGUGUUGACCUGAAUUCUAACGGAGAAUCUAAUUCUACCAAUCCAAAUGAUAAUGCAGGUAUCCCAGUAAUCUCUAUCGAUGACAAAGACGAUGAUGAUGAAGAAGAAGAAGAUGAUGAUGAUGAUGAGGUCAAGAUUAAACACCCUAAAAAUGAAGCGAUAGUAGAAGAAUUCGAUGAAACUGAAGCCAGUGUUACUCCUACGCCUACGCCUUCCAGUUUGGCAUUGGAUGUAAAACCUAAAAGCUCAGCCACAGAUGGGGACAGUGAUUUCGAACUCGAGGAAGAAGAAGAAGAGGAUAUUGAGGAUGAGGAUGAAGACUACGAAGAGAUUGCUUAUUCAAAGCGUCCUACGAUGAGCAGUCGUGCGCAUCGUCGUAAUAUGAAACUUGCUGUACAAAGAAAGGGACCAGUGAAGUAUUUCAAAGGUAAGCCACGUCUACUGUCGUCCGAUAUCCAAUUGAAGGAUUACCAACAGAUGGGUAUCAAUUGGUUGAACUUACUCUACCAUAAUGGGAUGUCCUGUAUCCUUGCAGACGAUAUGGGUUUGGGGAAGACGUGUCAAGUGAUUGCGUUUCUUGCAUAUUUGAAGCAAAUCAAUGAACCGGGCCCCAAUUUGAUCGUAGUGCCGUCAUCAACGUUAGAGAACUGGUUACGUGAAUUCAAGAAGUUCUGUCCAUCGAUGAAAGUGGAACCAUACUAUGGGUCCCAACAGGAGAGAGCGGAGCUUCGAGACUACUUGGAACGUACCGCUGGUCAAUAUGAUGUCGUUGUAACCACAUACAAUUUAGCUGCCGGUAACAAAUAUGACGUAGCGUUCUUAAAGAGCAGUGGAUUCAAUGUGGUGGUAUACGAUGAGGGCCACAUGUUGAAGAACUCUAUGUCCGAAAGAUUCAAUAAGCUAAUGAAGAUAAAGGCCAAGUUCAGAUUGUUAUUGACGGGUACCCCGUUGCAGAACAACUUGCGUGAAUUGAUGUCUCUGUUGGAAUUCAUCAUGCCCUCAUUAUUCAUUUCCAAGAAGGAUUCAUUGACUGCCAUAUUCAAACAAAGGGCGAAGACCACUGAUGGCAGUGACGAUCAUAAUCCUUUAUUGGUACAAGAAGCCAUUGAGCGUGCGAAGACCAUGAUGAAGCCGUUCAUUCUACGUAGACACAAAGACCAAGUGUUACGUCAUUUACCUAAGAAACAUAAUAAGAUAGUGAUGUGUGAAUUGAACGACGUCCAACGAAAGAUCUACGAUCGAGCCAUCACCAAUGCUAAGCAAUAUCGUGAAAAAGUCGCGAAUGGUACUGUGACCAGCGAUGAUAAAGCCAACAUGGACUCCAAGAAUCUAAUUAUGACAUUGAGAAAGGCCUCUAUCCAUCCAUUGCUGUUCCGCGAGAUAUAUGACAAUAAGACCAUCGAUGCCAUGAGUACGGCUAUCCUUAGUGAGCCGGCAUAUAGUAUGGACGGUAACAAGCAGUAUAUCCAAGAAGAUAUGAGCUAUAUGACGGAUUUCGAAUUGCAUAAACUAUGUGGGAAUUUCCCUCGAACCUUAGGCAAAUAUGCAUUAAAGAAUAAUGAAUGGAUGCAGAGUGGUAAGGUUGAUAAAUUGGAACAAAUAUUGAAGGAUGUCAUUGACAAUAAGAAAGAGAAGAUACUAAUCUUUUCAUUGUUUACUCAAGUGUUAGAUAUAUUGGAGCCUGUAUUGAGUACUAUGGGUUAUAAGUUUCUAAGACUUGACGGGUCCACACAAGUCAACGAAAGACAGUCGUUAAUCGAUACCUUCUAUGAGGACAACAGCAUCCCUGUGUUUCUGCUGUCUACAAAAGCAGGUGGGUUUGGUAUCAAUUUAGUGUGUGCCAAUCAUGUUGUGAUAUUCGAUCAAAGUUUCAAUCCGCAUGACGACAGACAGGCUGCCGAUAGAUCGCACCGUGUCGGCCAAACGAAGGAGGUGUAUGUAUCUACAUUGAUCAGUCAAGACUCCAUCGAGGAGCAAAUCCAUCAAUUGGCCAAGAAUAAACUAGCAUUGGAUAUGCAUGUCAGCGAGGACAACGGUGAAAGCAAGCAACAAGAGGCGGCUGCAGAGAGCAAGAUCAACGGCAUCCUCGAGGACAUCAUCUACAAAACAUAA